AAAUAAAGAUUGAUAAAGGUCCAGUUGUUUAGCAUGCAUGUGAAUGGACCAUACUGCUUUUUGAUCUUUAAGCCUUAUCAAGAUGAUGAAUUAUUGAAGUGUAGUGGACGAAGAGAAGAUGAUAAAGCAGCAGUCCGUUCAUGAGUACUCACAGUGGGUUGCACAGAAUCUUUACUUUUUGCUUGCUUUUUAGUGUUCACAUUGACUAUGACUACACAAUGGAAUGCAACUUCCCCCUAAAUUUCCAAAUAGUCAUAUUCUUCGUAGAGUUUUGAAUCAUAUCAAUUCGUUCUCUUGUUGUUGUUAUUUAUAUAUUCUUCAGUCUCCAUUCACCUCUCCCGCUUUACUCAGCUGAGUUUCUUCUCCUACAAAGUUGACAAAAACAAAAAGAACCAAGUUUUUAUUAGUAAAUCGCCACUAUUAGCUUCCGCCUACUACAUAUAUUGAUGGUACUUAUCAACUGAUACCAUCAACAAAAUUUGUAAAGGAACAAUGCCUAGUACUUCUGAAACCACUCUUGUUAAGCUUAUGGAAUAUCAGGCACAGACUCUAAAGCAAAUAUUAGAGAUUUUAACAAGUAUGAACAGUGGAAUUCCAGUACAAAAUCAAAAUAGUCCAAAUAACCAAAUAAUGCCUUUUAAUUGUAACCACAAUGAUCAAACUGAAGCAAAAAAGGAUGGUCAAGUUGAAAACCCUGCAUCAAUCUGUCAACCACAAGGAGAGGGGAAUCAGGGAAUAAAUUACAUUUAUGAGGAACACAAGGAUCUAUAUGAAGCAGCAAAGCAAGGCAAUUGGAAACGGGCUGAAGAAAUUUUCAAUGUAGAUCCAGGAGCAACGAUGACAGACAUCACAAUGGAAUCAGAAACAGCGUUGCACAUAGCUGCAGAUCAUACAAAGUGGGAAUUUGUGGAAAAUUUAGUAAGACUCAUGCCACCAAAAGCACUUGAACAGAAGGACAGUAGGCAUGGGUACACGGCACUUCACACAGCUGCCAUGGAAGGAAACACCAAAAUUGUUAAGCUGAUGGUGAAGAAAAACCCGUGUUUGACAAAGAUACAUGAUAACUACCGAAGGCUGCCACUCCACACAGCUGUAAUGUUUGUUUCAGAAGGACAAAAGGAGGUGGUACAGUAUCUUUAUUCUGUUACUAGAUAUGAUAACCCAACUCCUUUCACUGGUCAACGUGGUGCUUCCCUUCUAUGCGAUUUAAUUGAUUCUAAUUUAUACGCUUGUGUGUUUGUAGAUAUCGCAUUUUCUAUAGUACAACAUUAUCCAAAGCUAGUCACUCAGAAAACAAAACACGGUGGUGUGCGCGCAUUUGAAGUUCUUGUUCGGAGACCAUUUUCAUUUCAAAGUGGAAACAAAACAACAUGGUGGCAAAGCCGCCUCUACCCAUUUCUUCAAGUGGACACAGAGGCAACUAAUGACCUUGAAAGCCUGAGAGAGACCACAACAGUGCGUAGAGGAGCCAUAACAAAGUUCAUUUCAGAGUACCUCAUCACCUACUUAACUCAAGUUUCUUUUACCAAAAAACUGUACUACCAAAAAUUGAUAAACCAACAAACCUCUGAACUGGUCUCUAGUAUGUUAGCACAAAUAGAUGUUACUAUGAACAAGUCAGGCGUUACAGAUUUUUUCAAAAAUUCUAGCCUCAUGAAGACAGCAAUAACAUAGGGACAACGGAAGUCAUUGUACAGUGUCUUGAGAAAUUUCCUUACCUCCUCUGGUCUGAAAUGGAGGGACAAACAAUGGUACAAAUUGCUAUUGCAGAAAGAAAUCAUAACAUUUUUAAUUUAAUAUGCAAAAAGAGUGAGGAAGACAUGGAUGAAUUGAAUUCCAGAACUGAUGAUAAAGGUAACACUAUCUUGCAUUAUGCUGCUGAUAUCGCACCUUCUCACCAACUAAAUUCAGUCUCCGGUGCAGCUCUUCAGAUGCAACGAGAAGCACAGUGGUUUAAGGUAAACAACGAUAUGACCAUCUAAGGAACAGGUUUUCCAUAAUCUAAAUAUCUGUAGUUCAGUACCUAAAGCAAGAGGAGUUUCAAGGCUUUCUAAUAAGUUAAUCAGUCUUAUUACUUAUUACUUAAGUCUGCUGGUUUAUUUUACUGGAGAGAUACAGACUAGUGAGAAACAAAGCUGGGAUCACUUCUCAAUGUAUAUUUACAGAGAAACACAAGGAUUUAGUGAUGAGGGGAGAAAAAUGGAUGAGAGGUACCUCACAUUCAUGUAUGUUGGUAGCAACCCUUAUCUCUAUAGUAGCAUUUGCUGCAGCUUUUACUGUACCCGGUGGCAACUACAAUGAUGCUAAGAGAGACACCGUCAAUGGCCUUCCCAUUCUUUUGAACAACAAUUCAUUCAUUGUCUUUGCAGUAGCAGAUGCCUUAGCUCUAUUCCCUUCCGGCACAUCAGUUCUUAUGUUCUUGGCUAUCCUAACAUCACGUUAUUCAGAAGAACAUUUUGUUAAAGCAUUACCACAAAAGUUUAUACUAGGUCUGGCAACACUCUUCAUUUCCAUGGCCACCAUGAUGAUAGCGUUUAGUUCAACAAUACAUAUCAUGCUUUGCCCGAGAUGGACAUGGAUUAUUAUCCCUAUAACAUUGCUUGGCUGUGUGCAAGUGGCAUCGUUCGUGUGGUUGUUGUUUCCUGUGUUUGUCGAAAUGGUCCAUUCUACAUACUGGCCUACAAUAUUUAAUAAGAGAACUCUCCAACAUAAAUUUAAAAGGAAAAGGUCCCUGUAGAAACUAAACUUCAUAUGUAAGCACUUGUUUAGCUUUCUUUUCUCUUCUUAUCAUAAGUGUAUCAUAACUGAUGUGUGAUAUGUAACUGCCAGUAGUUUAUAAACGAAAUGAAAUUGAACUGGUGGAACAUAUCAGGUUUAAAA